AUGAGCUGGGAGACGGACAGGAGCACGCCCCAAUGGACGGCGGCUCCGCCUGAGCUCGCCUGCGGAGAGCCAAUCAGCGGGCGCGCCGCCUGUGCCGGGCCGUUGGGAGCCGGGUCUGGCAGCGGUGCGCGCCGUUGCCACGUCGGACGGAGCGGCCGGGCUCGGGGUGCGGGAUGGCGGCACCGUGAGGGGAGGCGAGGCGAGGCGGGGGCGAUGGCGGCGGUGCUGCUGCUGUGCUCCGCCCUGCUGUGCGCGGCACUGCGCUGCGCGGGCGCGGCGCUGAUCCCGCCCGCGGCCGACGUGAAGGUGGAGGUGCUGCACAAGCCGUUUCUCUGCCACAGAAGGACCAAGUGGGGGGACAUGAUGYUGGUUCACUACGAGGGCUACUUGGAGAGGGACGGCUCCAUGUUUCACUCGACUCACAAGCAUAACAAUGGUCAACCUAUGUGGUUUACACUUGGCAUAAGGGAAGCUAUCAAAGGCUGGGACAGAGGUUUGAAGGACAUGUGUGUGGGAGAGAAGCGGAAGCUAACUAUUCCACCAGCCCUUGCUUAUGGAAAAGAAGGGAAAGGAAAAAUUCCACCUGAGAGCACACUGAUUUUCAACAUUGACCUUCUAGAAAUUAGAAAUGGACCAAGAUCUCAUGAGUCAUUCCAAGAGAUGGAUCUUAAUGAUGACUGGAAACUAUCCAAGCAAGAGGUGAAAAUUUACUUGAAGAAAGAAUUUGAAAAGCAUGGAGCAGUGGUAAAUGACACCCAGCAUGAUGCUUUGGUUGAAGACAUAUUUGAUAAGGAAGAUGAAGACAGUGACGGGUUUAUAUCUGCAAGGGAAUUUACGUACAAGCAUGACGAGCUGUAAAAAAGAGUGGCAUAAUUUUUUUUGACACAAAUAGCAGUGACUUAGACUGUCUGGUUCUUGUGUCAUCUUAAUUCUGUGUUUUGGAGUUGACAAUUGCUGUUGGCAAAGAAACGCUUUGUUUAUAUAAAAGAGAAUUUCUGUUCAUUAUGUACAAAUCUUCUAAACUAUUUUUAAGUGUGAAAAUGUACCUCCUUUUAUACAGUGAAGACUUGCACAUCAGUGUUUUUUAAAGUUUGUAUUAAAUUAUUUUUCAGAACUGAAACAAAUUUUCCCGUWAUCAAACAUGAAAAUCAAAAUCCAGUUCAGUCACUUCCUGUGAUUUGUUUGUGUGCCAAGAUCACUUUCAGCAACUACCUUAUGUAUGACUUUAGUCUGUGGCUUAAUUACUUGACCUUCCUUCUUGUGUGUCACUGCUUAAAAAGCAGUGUGCUGUCCUUGGGUUUUUUCCUGCAGAUUUUUAAAAGAUGUAGUGGAAGGCAUCAGCAUCUCUUUAUAAAGCUGAGAAACUGGUACAAAGCUGAAUGAGAGGAAUAAUUGUUGUGUGCUGAUUUUGCCCUUCUAAAGGGAGAGUGUUACCACCUAUGCCAAUAAUUGCAUUUUUCUUUAAAUUUUGUGAACAAAGCAGGAGUUAAAUGCCAGAYUUUCACUCCUACUGCCAGCUACAUCCUAGGAACUGUCUGUAAUUUGGAAAGCAGCAAGUUGUGCUGCAGUGCAGAGGUGGUGUCCUUUAAUGUGUUGUACAUGCACAUUUUUUUGAACCUCGGAGUUGGUAUUCAUCAGAAAAGAUCUUUUAUUUCUGUUACAGUUGGAGGAGGAUCUUGAGCAAAAUGUUACAAGUCUGAAGUUUUUCCUAUUUGCAGAAGGGAAGGAGUGUACUGACAGGAGGAUCAGUAUGGUCUCAAGAAUAAUUUCCAUGGGCUUGUCUGCUUUGCAGCUGCAUGCAUUGCAGAACUUGUUUCAUUGUYGCUUUGCAGCAUUUUUCACAAGUAGCACACAAGUAAUGUGAAUUUUAAAUAAUAAAGCACAUUUUUAGAAAAAAAGCGGUGUGAGGUAAAUGUCAUGGUGUCUUGACACAGGUGAAGAUCACUAGGAUUUCAAAUACAAAAUUGAAGUUCUGUUUUUGGAGAGGAAGAACAUUUUGCAUUUGUCCAUGGUUUCUUAAAUGAGAGGGCAAUUUAUUCUGACAUCACUAACCUGUGGGUCUACAAACACUGCAUUAUAUUUGAAAAAUGUUGCCCAAAGCUACGUAAGGACACAAAGCACAGCCAGUUAUGUGAAACCRAGAUUGCUGCAUUGCACUAACCCUUACCUACUGCGAACUGAGACUCUGCAUUCRAGGUUCUUAGUGUUGUAGGUGAAUUAGAUGUUUCCCUGCCACCUAGUGUUGCAACUGAGGAUUAGAAGACUGCUUCAUUAAACUGAGUUUAGCUGUGCRGGGGCAUUUAGAGAUUCCUGUCAAUACAGACUGUUGGGGGAAAACAGUUAUAAGUGAAGGUAUGCAUUCUGUUUUGGUUUGCUUCCAGCAUCUGACAUUUAGUGCGUGAUGUUCUAAAUGUGUUUUGUUUUCAGUAACCUUUAGGUCAUCUUCCUCAGUGAUGCCAUCUGCUUUUCUUGAACCCAAUAAUACUUUUGCUUCUAUGGCAGUGAGUUUUACAGUAAAAUGGUGUAGGAAAACUGUUUUUGGUUUUUCCCUUGUGUUUUAGGCCCAUUGCCUGCCCUGAUUCUUUUAUUGUGAAGAAAUAAUGAAUARUCAUUAUCUAUUUAGCUCUUCUUACUGGGCAUGGUUUUGCAUGUUGAUUUUUUUUCUCAUCACUUAGGAAAAUCAAGCUUGCCUGAUUUCAGCUUGCCCAAGGUUAUUUGCAUGUUCUGUGCUGGCUGUCUUGUUUUCUCCUACAGUCACCAAGCACUGGGCACCUGGGGGCAGCUCAUCACACAUGUCUUGGUAUCUUGUAUUGGGAUAACUGCCUUAUCAAAUAGAGUGUCAUGUCUUUCUCUGAUAACUGUGUGGGGAGCCUAGACAAUUAGUAUGGCCUUGGCCAAGGUGGGACUAAUAGGAUAUGAAGUGAUCUUUAAGCCAGUCUUGCCUAGAUGUGGGAACUGGCAGGUACCCAACCAACCAAAGGGGAAAUUCUGUGUCUGUGUCUGUGUGUGUCUGUGUGUGUGUGUGUGUAUGCAGCUGGGAAGAGCAGAACUGAGACUUUCUUUGUGUCUGUGAGUGUUUUAGAUCAUUGUUGGCAGUGUUUAACCUGCUCUGAAAACAUUUGGCUGGGGAAUGAAAGCAUAAAAGCAUGGAAUAAAAUUUGCCCCUGUUACUGACCUAAUACAUUUAAAGUUAAGAUCAAAUAAUGGGAUGCCAAUAUGUGAUUCCAGGUAARGGCCAGUCAUUGUUUCUUCUGUAUUAAAUAGGAGUUUAUGGUUAGUGACUGCUGUAAGUGUACAUAGACAUUAUCUUCUGCUUGGAUUUUUAAAGCAUUUCAUAAAAGUAAUUUUAGUGAACAUACAGUUACUUGUUAAUGCCAGCAGAGUAUUAAGCUGCAAGACCAAGAUAGAUGCUUUAUUUGGUGUUGUGUAUAGAUUUAUACCAAAUAAGAGUAUGGGCUUUGUUCUUAGUAAUUUUCUUGAGAGCUGUAUUAAAUUCUGAAAUUGAACUGAAAAUGUUUUUUCAAAAGUGCAGAAUCAGCAGCAGCAGAUUUGAGAAGUCACUUCAGGUUUAUUGUCAUUUGCUAUUGUUAAAGUCCUCCUGUGRAGAUGAAGGGCUUUCUUAGGUAGAAAUAGCACUGCCUGUUUUAACCUCAGUUGCAUCUGCUUGUUAAUCCACAGGGCAAACUGCUGCAGUGCCAGCAGGAGCCAGCCAACAACCUGCAGGACACCAGAGGCAAGCAGCUCUGUCCCCCAAAGUGGGGAGAAAUAUUGGAACUUCAGUGUCACUCAGGAACAUUUUGACUGGCUUGUGUGUGCAGUGCAAGGUGUAUUUCCCCUGAAGAAACAAACCCUCAGUGCAUAUCUGUAAAACAGAGCACUUGAGAAAGUGGAGAGGGUUGAAAACCAGRCACUUUUCCUCCUGCAUCUUAGAGCCUUCAAAUUUUUCUUGUUGUUUUGUAGUUUUUUAGGAAAAUAGAUAGUGAUGUUUUUUAGAACUGCAGCCUGUCACUCACAGCCACUAUCUAACAAUUAYAGUGGGAGUUACUGCCUUCUGUAGGUAGAUCUGUAGACAGAAGCAGCCUUCAGAGAACUUUUUUGAAAAUUCUUGAUAUGCAAGGCACUGACACAAGAAAGCUUUUGGCAAAGCUUUAGGAAUGGUGCUUUAGUCUGAAAUGUUUUUUAAAGCUUUCUUUUUUCAAAUAAACUGACAAGGCAAACAGUGGUGAAAAUGAA